CACACACAGUUCAUCCAUCAAUGGAUCCAACCCAAACACCAGGAUCAAUGGUUUUUCUCAUGCAACAAAUGGAGAGGAUGUCAUAUCAACCAGUCAUGGACCAUGGACCUCUUCCCGAAUCUUCAUUUGUUGCACAAGCCAGAGCUAGCAUUCCUGCACAUAGAGUGACAACUACUAUGGCAACUGGAAGAGUGAGAAGGAGGGGUGUUACUGAAGAUAUACCAGAGGAUGUGCCUCAGUCCAUCCAGCAAACAAGUGAUAAUGUAAGAGGUAGGAAGAGGCAGGCUACAGGAGGUGGUGGUAGAGGAAAUGCUGUAAGAGAUGGGAGAGGAAAUGCUACAAGAGGUGGGAGAGGAAAUGCUACAGGAAGAGGAAGUAGAAGGACAGGAGGAGUAAGUGCAAGAGGAAGAGGCGCAAGAGGGAAUGAUGGAAGGGGAGGAGGUGCAAAUGCCAAUGGAGGAGGGACUGGAUUAGGGGUUGGAUUAUGGAACUUGAUGUUUGGAGCUGAUGCCGAUAGGUCCCGUGUGGCAGCAGAGGAAGAGCCAAUCACACAAAACACACCAGAAGGCAAUGAGUGGGAUGAUGACUUCCUCUACAUGUAGAUGUGAAAACUGAUGCACAAGUUUAUGACUGAACUUUAUGGAAUGCAACUAUGUUCACCAAUGAACUUGAUCUAUUUCUUUAGGGCCUCUUUACAUGUAAUGAACAUGUCAGUUUACAUGCUUUCUUUUAUUUUGUUCUAUUUCCAUUUUUAUCUUUUUACUUAUUUUCUUGUUUCUAUUUUCUUUUACUUAUAUAAUAGUUUAUAGUUGAGGUAAUAUCAC